AUGGGUCUCACUGUUGGCCAGGCUAUCGGUAUCGGCUUUGUCGCCGGCUUUGUCGGCUUUGUCGGAGCCUUGGUUCUGGUCUUGUACAUUCCCACCCCCUCCGUCCAAGUCGUCAAGGACGGGGAGCCUGUGCAUACCAUCCCAGAGCCUCAAAUGAUCAAGCGAGAAGCCGACCCCAGAACCGAUUCAUUGAGGUGGUUCUCUCGUCGUAUGCACCCCUUGGCGAGCGUUCCCCAAAUCGCAGAAGUCGUCGAAUUCGAAGACUUUAUCAGUUCAUUUACCGAAACGUGCAUCGAAACCCCCUUCCGACCACAGCCCCUUGUUCCAGAAUCUCUCUUCGACGAAAACGAACUCGUCUGCAUGGCCGGGAAGCCUGUCAAUGGCGGGACUUGGUCCGCGUCCAUCUCCAACACAGCUACACGAGCCUCCGCAGUGAAAUGCUUCCUGGCACAGUUGAUCUUCAAGCGCAUGAACCCGAACUGUCCUCCUCAAGAAUGUCUGCUGCCCCCAGAGAUCGCUAGCUGCUACCAAUUCAUAUGCGUCCCUCAUGAUAACCGACACAGUAAGCUGAAACUCGACUAUAAACACAAAAUCCAGAUUAACAAGAGCGCAGGAGAGGACUUGACUGCUAUUUGGCGUGAAAGCAUGUAUCUUCUACUGGAGUCCCUCUUAACCCUACUCCCGCUCCCGCCUCGUUGGUUCGAGGAGGGUGAUCCAAGGGAGGAAAGAACUCUCGCCAUGGUUCCCGUCAUUAUCGAUGCCCUGCGCCUGGAGUCCCUCAGAACCGACCGGGGGCCCGAGGAUAGGAUCGAGAGGUGCAUCACAGGAAUCCUUGAACGAUCUGCCAACAGCGCCCUUCAUCUUCUGGCUCAGCCCUCUGAGUGGGAGGCCGUGUGGGUCGCAAAUGAGCCUGGGUUUAUUGUCUUUCCCGAGAUUCGACUUGUUUGGAAUGGCUACACCAAAUUUUCGAAGCCUGCUGUGGUGGAUGCCGAUACUGUCUGGCCGAUACCCUCAGACGACAAGGAACAGGCAGGCGACAAGCAACAUCCGGAAGUCAACGCCCCUGAGCAGCCAAAGCCUGACACCGAGAAGCUGUCCAGUCUCGAGGAUGGUCACUCGGUGACUUUCGAGGCCGGCUAG